CAACUGAGCCACCCUUGUGCCCCUCCAUAGGACUUUUUAACCUGGGAUUUACAGAAAUUCAAAUUUUCUUUUUUUUGUGUAUGCAUUUUUUCCAGGGAAUCAUCAAAUUUUCUAGUCAUUUGUGGCAAGGAUGGGGAGGAAAACCACUGCCUUUUUUUGCAUUUUCCCAUCUAUUCAAAUGCCCGUUUAUUAGUAUGAAAUGAUAAAUCUGGACUGCUCCAGGUAGUUCCCAUUCCCCAUGUGACUAGCUCUGAAUUAUAAAUAAUCUGUUGAGGGCCCACUAUAUGCCAGACAUCCUUUACAUACCUAUCUCACCUAGGUCUUUACAACUUUUGAGAUAGAUGGUCUUUCCCACUUCAUCUCUAUGAUGACCCCUCUCUAGGGCUCUCUCUUUCACAUUUCCUAGUUGUCCAUGUGGCCCCAGUUUGAAAAUGACUAGAUUGGAGUACAAACCCAGGUAUUUCCAAACCCAAAGCCGAUGUUGUACUAUGUCCUGGAGAUAUAAUGAGGAAUAUUUAAGACAGCCUUUUCCCUUUAAGAUUAUAGAGAGAAAACUGGUAAGUAGGCAGUGGUGACAACAUAGCAGCACCUAAGAGGGGCAUUUAAUCCAUUUUGGAAGAAUUGGACAAUAGGGGUCAAAGAAGUGUUCUUGAAAGAGGACUUCUAAGCUGAAUUUUGAAGGACAGGCAGGGGUUAACCAAGUAACAAGAAAAGCAGUGAGUGCAAAGAUGAAAGGCAGAAUACCACUGGCCUUGCAGGGUUGGGGUAUAGAACAGUGAGGAGUCAUUCAAAAGAGUUUGCAUGUUAACCCUGAGGGCAGUGGAUCCUGCCUUGCUGUAGUCUGAACAUAUGAUAGUAAUCACAAGAGAAAGCUGAGCUUUUCCCUCAAAGGGCUCUCGGCGCAUACCCUGACUUGUUUCAGGCACGCCCAGGGGAAGACAGAAAAGCAUAUUGUAGUUGGAGUCCUCUAACCUGGAUCAGAUACUGGCCUCACUGUUAACAAAAUGCUGUGCGCCCUCACCCCCUGCCUUCAGUCUGUUGGCUUCUUUAGGCUCUGAUCUUCUCUUUGGUUUAUGAUCAUUAAAACACACACACACACACACACACACACACACACACACACACACACUCACAAAGCCCUACAGCCUUUUGAUGGGAGGAGUAGGCAUACUCCCAUAAUGCCUACCUUGUAGGCAUUGAGAGAAUAAAUAUGAUUUUCACAUCAUUUAGAAUUUGUUCCUUGUUCCCUCAGUUAUACGUUCUAUCAAAAACUAAGUUGCCUUUUGGGGCUUAAUCUUGUUCUUAUUUGAGAAUGAUAGACCCUACACUAUGAAAAAGCGCAUUGCUUUCCCAAGACUAAAAAAAUGGUUUUUGAAAUAAAUUUCUAAAAUUAUCCAGUUUGUUUAAAAGUUAUUGUUUAAAAGUUAAAUGACUGGUUUUUCACUCUUCUGCUCCUUCCUCUUUCAUUUGACUUAUCUUGAAGUACUUGAUAGACUCUCAAGUAAGAAUAUUGAACUCCAAGGUUAACUAUUUAGUCAACCACUGUAAGUUAUUUUUUUUUCCUAAAGGUUUGUGAUAUUGGUAAAUGGAAGUAGGCAAAAUAGUAUAAGAAUCUAGAUGUGUCGUAUUUUAAUAUGGUUGCAGAGUUGCACUUUUAAGUACUGGGGAUGAUUAUACCACAUAAAUCAGAUGCUUCUAUUUAAAGUAGAAAAUAAUUACUUUGUAUACUUGAUCCUGAAGAAUAAGAAAAUUUGAGAACAUUAAUUCCAUAUGUUAGAUUUUUAGAAAUUACACAUUGUGGAGUAUUUAGUAGGUGCAUUCUUCUGAGACUUAUGUUCCUUUAGUUGUAAUUUCGGAUAGUUUCAAAAGAAAUUCUUUCAACAUUUACACUUCUUUGCGUAAUGUCAUCCACUUGUUACGAUAUUCUGGAUAAGCAUCAGUUUUGUUUAUCAAGUAUUGUUUUCUUUCUUUUUUUGUGUGUGUGCAGAUGUUUGUGGAUUCUUCUGUGGGAUCAGAGGGCACGCCUGUUGUAAUCAGAAAACUCCAAGAAUAGCAGCAGGGAUGGAUGAACAGGCUCUUUUAGGGCUAAAUCCAAAUGCUGAUUCAGACUUCAGACAAAGGGCCCUGGCCUAUUUUGAGCAAUUAAAGAUUUCCCCAGAUGCCUGGCAAGUGUGUGCAGAAGCUCUAGCCCAGAGGACAUACAGUGAUGAUCACAUAAAGUUUUUCUGCUUUCAAGUACUAGAACAUCAAGUUAAAUACAAAUAUUCAGAACUAACUACUGUUCAACAACAACUAAUUAGGGAGACGCUCAUAUCUUGGCUUCAAGCUCAGAUGCUGAAUCCCCAACCAGAGAAGACCUUUAUACGAAAUAAAGCGGCCCAAGUCUUCGCCUUACUUUUUGUUACAGAAUAUCUCACUAGAUGGCCCAAAUUUUUUUUUGACAUUCUCUCAGUAGUGGACCUAAAUCCAAGGGGAGUAGAUCUGUACCUCCGAAUCCUCAUGGCUAUUGAUUCAGAGUUGGUGGAUCGUGAUGUGGUGCAUACAUCAGAGGAGGCUCGUAGGAAUACUCUAAUAAAAGAUACCAUGAGGGAACAGUGCAUUCCAAACUUGGUGGAAUCAUGGUACCAAAUUUUACAAAAUUAUCAGUAUACUAAUUCAGAAGUGACAUGUCAGUGCCUUGAAGUAGUUGGGGCUUAUGUCUCUUGGAUAGACUUAUCCCUUAUAGCCAAUGAUAGGUUUAUAAAUAUGCUGCUAGGUCAUAUGUCAAUAGAAGUUCUACGGGAAGAAGCAUGUGACUGUUUAUUUGAAAUUGUAAAUAAAGGAAUGGAUCCUGUUGAUAAAAUGAAACUAGUAGAAUCUUUGUGUCAAGUAUUACAAUCUGCUGGAUUUUUCAGCAUUGACCAGGAAGAAGAUGUUGACUUUCUAGCCAGAUUUUCUAAGCUGGUAAAUGGAAUGGGACAGUCAUUGAUAGUUAGUUGGACUAAAUUAAUUAAGAAUGGGGAUAUCAAGAAUGCUCAAGAGGCACUACAAGCUAUUGAAACAAAAGUGGCGCUGAUGCUGCAGCUACUAAUUCAUGAGGAUGAUGACAUCUCUUCUAACAUUAUUGGAUUCUGUUACGAUUAUCUUCAUAUUUUGAAACAGCUUCCAGUGCUCUCGGAUCAGCAAAAAGCUAACGUAGAGGCAAUCAUGUUGGCCGUUAUGAAAAAACUGACUUAUGAUGAAGAAUAUAACUUUGAAAAUGAGGGUGAAGAUGAAGCCAUGUUUGUAGAGUAUAGAAAACAACUGAAGUUACUGUUGGACAGACUUGCUCAAGUUUCACCAGAGUUACUGCUGGCUUCUGUGCGCAGAGUUUUUAGUUCUACGCUGCAGAAUUGGCAGACGACACGUUUUAUGGAAGUUGAAGUAGCAAUAAGAUUGCUGUAUAUGCUGGCAGAAGCUCUUCCAGUGUCUCAUGGUGCUCACUUCUCAGGUGAUGUUUCAAAAGCUAGUGCUUUGCAGGAUAUGAUGCGAACUUUGGUAACAUCAGGAGUUAGUUCCUAUCAGCAUACAUCUGUGACAUUGGAGUUCUUCGAAACUGUUGUUAGAUAUGAAAAGUUUUUUACAGUUGAACCUCAACACAUUCCAUGUGUAUUAAUGGCUUUCUUAGAUCAUAGGGGUCUGCGGCAUUCUAGUCCAAAAGUACGGAGCAGAACUGCUUACCUGUUUUCCAGAUUUGUGAAAUCUCUGAAUAAACAAAUGAAUCCUUUCAUUGAGGAUAUUCUGAAUAGAAUACAAGAUUUACUAGAGCUUUCUCCACCUGAGAAUGGUUACCAGUCUUUGUUGAGCAGUGAUGAUCAACUGUUUAUUUAUGAGACAGCUGGAGUGCUGAUUGUUAAUAGUGAAUAUCCAGCUGAACGGAAACAAGCCUUAAUGAGAAAUCUGUUGACCCCAUUGAUGGAGAAGUUUAAAAUUCUGUUAGAAAAAUUGAUGCUGGUGCAAGAUGAAGAAAGACAGGCAUCACUAGCAGACUGUCUGAACCAUGCUGUUGGAUUUGCCAGCCGAACCAGCAAAGCUUUCAGCAACAAGCAGACUGUGAAACAGUGUGGCUGUUCCGAAGUUUAUCUGGACUGUUUACAGACAUUCUUGCCAGCUCUCAGUUGUCCCUUGCAAAAGGAUAUUCUCAGAAGUGGAGUUCGUACUUUCCUUCAUCGCAUGAUUAUUUGCCUAGAGGAAGAAGUUCUCCCAUUCAUCCCGUCUGCCUCAGAACAUAUGCUCAAAGAUUGUGAAGCAAAAGACCUCCAGGAGUUCAUUCCUCUUAUCAACCAGAUUACAGCCAAAUUUAAGAUACAGGUAUCUCCAUUUUUACAGCAAAUGUUCAUGCCUCUACUUCAUGCAAUUUUUGAGGUAUUGCUCCGACCAGCAGAAGAAAAUGACCAAUCUGCUGCUUUAGAGAAGCAAAUGUUGCGAAGGAGUUACUUUGCUUUCCUGCAAACAGUCACAGGCAGUGGAAUGAGCGAAGUCAUAGCAAAUCAAGGUGCAGAGAAUGUAGAACGAGUGCUGGUGACUGUUAUCCAAGGAGCAGUUGAAUAUCCAGAUCCAAUUGCACAGAAAACCUGUUUUAUCAUCCUCUCCAAGUUGGUAGAACUCUGGGGAGGUAAAGAUGGACCAGUGGGAUUUGCUGAUUUUGUUUAUAAGCACAUUGUCCCCGCAUGUUUCCUAGCACCUUUAAAACAAACCUUUGACCUGGCAGAUGCACAAACAGUGUUGGCUUUAUCUGAGUGUGCAGUGACAUUGAAAACAAUUCAUCUCAAACGGGGCCCAGAAUGUGUUCAGUAUCUUCAACAAGAAUAUCUGCCUUCCUUGCAAGUAGCUCCAGAAAUAAUUCAGGAGUUUUGUCAAGCGCUUCAACAGCCUGAUGCUAAAGUUUUUAAAAAUUACUUAAAGGUAUUCUUCCAGAGAGCAAAGCCCUAAGGACUGGAUCUCCCUGUGCCUACUUUAUGAUCAGGAAUUCCAGUUGAUUUAUAAGGAAGCAGUUUUGUGUGCCAUUCACCCUGGUCUUUUUAACAUUGCUUUAAGCUUAUUGCAGUAUAUGUAUUGGGAUUUCUCUGUAAAAUGGGUGUAAUUUUCUCUGAAUAUAGGUAUGUGACAACAAGAGAAGUUGCUUGCAUGCCAGUGCAAAUUUGUUCUAUAUAAAAAUGCUGUUAAAAGAUACAGCACGGUUAUUCUAGUACCUUUUUUUUUUUUUUUUACUUGAAAUGUUAAAUCCUUUAUAAAGACCAUAGCAGGAAAACAGUGUACUUUUUUUUUCAAUUGCUAAAUAUAAAAUGUUUGAAAAUUUUAAUUUUCUUUUAUGUGUGCUGUCUCAAAAUAUGGGGGGAAUAUAACAAACCAAAACUAAUUUUUCGUAGAUAGCCAUUACAUUUCUUUAAACUAUUUCGAUGCCAAUGUGGGUUCUACAGAAGAGAAUGGUUUCAUAAAUUAACUGAUUUAAGAGUAGGUACCAGUGUUAUACACUUUUUAUAAAAAAAUAAAAAUAAAUUUUACGUAGUGA